GUCUGUUAAAAUCUAAAAAUUUCGUCAAACCUUUUAAACUAUUUGUAGAAGCAUAAAUACCUGGCAACAGGUAGUGCGGAGUAUUUAAUUAUGACAGUAGCUGCAGCUGUUUAAGCUGAUCAUAAAACUAUAAAAUUAUGAAUUUGCGCAUCGAGCUGUUAAGAGAUCCGAAAAUGCAUCAUCAUCAGAAUCAUGGAGAUGCGGCUGCCUUGACGGGCAUCAUGCCGCCGUAUGAGACAAUGGCCCUCUACGAGCAGCCGAAGCCGCGUUUCAUAUUCAAAAUGCCGCGCGUGGUGCCGAAUCAGAAAUCCAAAUACGAGUCGGACGAGCUGUUCCGACGACUCAGCCGGGAGAGCGAGGUGCGCUACACCGGCUACCGGGGACGGGCCAUUGACGAGCGUCGCAUGCGUUUUGUCACCGACUGCCGCAAGGGUUAUGCCGAGCUCUCAUUCGUACCCACGGGCACCAAUCUGCAGCUGUAUUUCAAUGCCAAUCAUAAUCCGUAUGCCCAGGAGCAGGAGUGCGAUUUCGACAAGGAGCGCGGCAAGGUGCACUUGCGCUCCAAUUUCAUAAUGAAUGGCGUUUGUGUGCGUUUCCGUGGCUGGCUGGAUUUGGAACGUUUAGAUGGCGUCGCCUGUCUCGAUUUUGAUGAAGCACGCGCCCAGCAAGAGGAUGCACAGCUGAGCGAGCAAAUCGAGAGCUAUAAUCAACGCAUGGCCGACUCGAAACGCAUUUAUACGCCGCAUACGCCGCCACAGGAUGCUAUACGGCGUGGCCCACCGGGUCCGGGACCAGUUACUGGACCACCAAUGGGCUGGUAAAACUAGCCUGAUGGAUUGAAGCUUCAAUAAAUGUGUGAGAUUUAGUCUUAGUUUCAUUUUUUCUAUAACCUAAAUAAAAUACAUA